GAAGAGGUGCGUCAGGCUGUGACCCCAGCCGAGCCUGUACAGUAUUAUUUCACUCUUGCUCAGCAGCCUGCUGCGGUGCAGGUUCAGGGGCAACAGCAAGGACAACAGACCACCACAUCCACGACGACUAUCCAGCCGGGACAGAUCAUCAUCGCCCAGCCUCAGCAAGGGCAGGUUGGAGAAGGCCAGCAGGUACAGAUAGUGCAGGCCCAGCCGCAAGGACAGACCCAGCAGGCUCAGAGCGGAACUGGGCAGACCAUGCAAGUCAUGCAACAGAUCAUCACCAAUACGGGAGAAAUCCAGCAAAUACCGGUUCAGUUGAAUGCUGGCCAGCUGCAGUAUAUCCGCUUAGCCCAACCUGUGUCAGGCACCCAGGUAGUCCAGGGGCAGAUCCAGACGCUUGCAACCAAUGCACAGCAGAUAACGCAGACGGAAGUCCAGCAAGGACAGCAGCAGUUCAGCCAGUUCACAGAUGGACAGCAACUUUAUCAGAUCCAGCAAGUGACCAUGCCUGCAGGCCAGGACAUCACCCAGCCCAUGUUCAUUCAGUCCACCAACCAAACCUCAGACGGCCAAGCCACACAAGUGACAGGGGACUGAACAGGAACGCUGUAGCAAGUCUUCUCUCUGCGGGGAAACGAACGCGUACCAGCGUGAUGUCUGCCGUACCAACCUGGUCUGGUGAAUACAUCUGCUUCUGUGUAUCUGUACUUGAUAUUAAGCCUAUAGUAGGCUGCAAUCUCCGGUGCACUAUACGCCUUCCUCUGGUGGGUAUGAGAGAAUAUCCAACAGACACUGACAAGAAUGCAAUAUUUUUAUUUUUAUUUUUAGAAAUCCAUAUUUCAGUGUAUUCAGCUGCUUGUUCAAACCUGUAAAACUGAAAGAGAACUAAUCAAAAGGAAUUUGUAGCAUCUCAUUGAACAAUGCGUAAAACGUUUUUAUCUAGUAGAACUAUUAAAGGGUACUGCAUCUGGUUUGUUGC